UGAGACUGAGUUGAGGAGAGAGACGACGCCGGCCAGAACUAAACAGACUCUGUAAAACUACUGAACAUAGACUAGGCUUCACCAGACCAGUAUAGCACCUCUGUCUACCUGUCUCUAGUUGUGUCUCGAGCUCUGUCUACCUGUUUUAGUUGUGUUUAGCUGCAUCUAGCCUGUGUCUCUAGCCUGUCUCUAGCCUGUAUCUAGCUCUGUCUAUCUGUAUCAUCGGACCUCAACUUCAUCAGUCAAACAUGCAGGACCAUCACCACUAUUUCAGUAGCAGGACAGCCUUUGCAUGGUGUCUGGUGUCUCUGGUGCUCGCUCAACAGGUGUCUUCGAGCCCUGAUCCUUCUGCGGACGUCCAGCCCAACUCUGGUCAGCUCCAGCUGGGUCCGGGGCAGAGGGUACUGAGGAGGACGGCACGUAUGACCCCGCUGUGGAGGACCAUGGGUACUAAACCCUAUGGGGCGUACUGUCAGAACUACUACGAAUGCUCCACUGGAAACUGCAGGCGUGGUCACUGUAUGUUCAGCCAAGCCAUCAAGUCCUAGAAGAGAUGACAGAGAAACAUGUUCAACAUUUUCCCAAUCAGUUCUUCAUGGACUUGUUCUCCAGGGAUAUAUCAUCACUCCCCUCAACCCUCCUUCUCCUCCACAGAGCCAAUUAUUAGUUAUGGUAUGGCUGGUUUCUAUUGAAGAAAACCUCCAAGCGUAAGGGUUAGGAUUUUUAAUAAACAAGGAGUUUGGAAGAUUGUAUAUUAGCUUUUUGACUUCACCAAAGUCGAUGAUAUGCAAAAGGUAUAUCUCUAGUAUAUGAAGGGUUGAGAUAUCUUAAAUCAGGCGUAAAGAUAUUCCUUAGAGCAGGACUCUCCAACCCUGGAGUGCUACCCUCCUGUAGGUUUUCGCUCCAACCCUAGUUGUAACUAACCUAAUUCAGCUUAUCAACCAGCUAAUUAUUAAAAUUAGGUGCGCUUGAUUAGGAUUGGAAUGAAAAUCCACCUAUCUUUCUUUUUCUUAUGCAAGGUGAUGGUUUGACUUGAUGUUGUAUGUAAGCUUUUUGACAUUACCAAAAUGGAUGCCACACAAGUGUCACAUCCACAUGGGUUUUUGCUUGUCAUACAGGUGACAUAUGAGGUUUCUAAUAUUUCUACUAAGAUUUCAUAUGGGUGACAACAAAUCAUAGUGCCUAAACAAAUCAAAUCAAUAAAAUUGUAUUUGUCACAUGCACCGAAUACAACUGGUGUAGACUUUACCGUGAAAUGCUUGCUUACGAGCCGUUCCCAACAAUAAAGAGUUAAAACAUGUAAUAUUAACACAAGAGGAAUAAAAUAAAAUACAAGAAUGGAGCUAUGU